AUGGCAAACGACAGAAGUGCUGGGGACGCAGCUUGGAUUAUGCAUCAUCAAAUGCCGUCGAAUCCCAAAUCCGCCUGGCCUUCAAAUUACAACUCAGAAAAUAAUAACGUGAACUGGAGUAAAGCUAUGGUAAGUCACAUUGUAUAGCUAAUUCAUAUCAACACGUACUUAUGUUACUCACACGAUUUAAUAUCAGUAAACAAGCAUUGUCUUUUUGUACUGUGUACAUUUAGCUCAAGCUAGUUAGCUAGCCUACGUUCUAGCCAGUUAACGUUAUCUAGCUAGCCGUCUUCUGACAGUAAGAUUUCCUAUAUUGCUAGCUUGCUUUGCUAUAUUUGACAUGCAGAUUUUCUAGCUAGCUAUCUCGUUUGUAUUAUAUGACGUUAAAUAGCCUAGCUAGACAGACGGUUGAGACUACAAUACAUAGCUAACUAACUGGUAACUAUAACUAAUAGCCCAAUGAUGGACUAAAGGAGCCUAACGUUACUUUUUAUGGUGCAUUCAAGGCAACUGGGAACUAGAGGGAAAAAACGAGGUCAAAAUCAUGACGUCAGUGAAAGAAGCCCGAGAUUCCUAUUUGGAAUUCCGAGAUUGAUGACGGUUCAAAAUAUUUUUCCCAGUCAGAGCUCGUUUUUUUGUCUAGUUCCCAGUUGUUUUGAACACAGCAAUAGACCAUCGAUGACGUGACGUCACCGCAUUUGUUUCGUAUGAGAAUAGGAAGCAAUAGUAAUGGCUUCUUUUUGUAGGCACUAACUCUGCCAUGGUUUUGAACAAAGCCUAUGGGAAAAUUGAGUUUUUGUAGGGUUUUGGGAUAAAGGCCAAAAAUAAGGUGUGUAGUAAACACAGACUUAGGAGAUCAUAUACGUUUUGUACUUUGAGAAUCUUAAUCAGCUAACCUCACUUUUGUGAAUUUUGAAGCAUUUAUGUAAUAAAAAAUACCCACAAAGCACAUAAAGGCUUCAUAAUUCAUAAAGGUCAUGUUAACUGACAGAUAUUAUCUCAUAGAACAACACUUUCAUAAGCCUGUGUUAACCUCAGACCUUAUUUCCGGCGUUUAUUCCAAAACCCUAUUCUUUCCCCAUUUAAUGUUGCUUAUAGGAAUGGGUGACCGAACCAGAGGUAAAUCAUUUCCGUUUUUUAGGACUACAAGCUGGCGAGCUCUAUGCGUUUGAUGAGGAAGUUUCAUUUCAGCAUGUCGCCAUCUUGCUACAUGGAGGAGUUUUUGGAAACAUUGCAUGUGCAGUUUGAGCUACUGAAGGAAGUGACAUUGCAGGCUAGCUCAGUGGAGUAUAUCAGGUCAAUAUAGCUAGUUCAAACCGUGCAGAUUUUGAGGCUAGGUAAAUAAAUCUCUCCUCAUAUUCCUACAGGACGCUUCCCAAUACCCUGGUUAUUCCUCAAACUACUGGUACCCCCAGUCACAUUCCACAGCAGGGCACUAUGCAAAUGCCUAUCCUUCAGGAUCUGACAUGCAGCCACCUUACAACCCACAGGUACUGUCUUAUGUUAUAUCAUAG